AUGUCUUUAGAUUCCGUUCUUUUAAUCGGUGGCUCAGGGUUUCUUGGGCUUCAUUUGAUACAGCAAUUCUAUGAAUUGACACCAAGACCAGAAAUUCACGUCUUUGAUAUACGUCCACUCCCACAAAAAUUACCAUCAGCAUUCACAUUCAAAUCAGAUGAAAUUCAUUUCCAUAAAGGUGAUUUAACCUCUCCCGAUGAUGUUAAGAAGGCCAUCAAGGAAAGUAAUACUUCAGUUAUUGUUCAUUCAGCCUCCCCAAUGCAUGGUUUAGAUCAACAAAUCUAUAUCAAAGUCAACAUAUUGGGUACUAAAAAUCUUGUGGAAUGUGCGAAAGAAAUGGGCGUUAAAGCUCUUGUUUACACUUCUUCAGCAGGUGUUAUUUUCAAUGGUCAAGAUAUUUAUAAUGCAGAUGAAUCAUGGCCAAUACCUGAUGUCCCAAUGGAUGGUUAUAAUGAAACAAAAGCCAUCGCAGAACAAUACGUUUUAGAUGCAAAUUCAUUUAAAGAUGAUUUCCUAACAGUCGCCUUACGUCCAGCUGGUAUCUUUGGACCAGGUGAUCGUCAAUUAGUUCCAGGCCUAAGAAGUGUUGCAAGACUAGGUCAAUCUAAAUUCCAAAUUGGUGAUAAUAAUAAUUUAUUUGAUUGGACUUAUGCUGGUAAUGUUGCAGAUGCUCAUGUUUUGGCUGCUCAAAAAUUAUUGGAUCCAGCUACUGCAAAGAACGUUGGUGGUGAGAAAUUCUUUAUUACAAAUGAUGCUCCAACUUAUUUCUGGACUUUAGCCCGUACUGUUUGGAAAGCUGAUGGUUACGUUGAAAAAUACAAUAUCGUUCUAAACAGACCAGUCGCUAUUGUUGCAGGUUAUUUAUCACAAUUUUUCUCAAAAUUAUCAGGUAAAGAACCAGGUUUGACACCAUUCAGAGUCAAAGUUGUUUGUGCAUUCCGUUACCACAAUAUAACAAAAGCUAAAGAAAUACUAGGGUACAAACCAAAAGUUGAUCUAGAAGAAGGUAUCAUGAAGACUUUACAAUGGAUGGAUGAAGAAAAUUAA